AUGCCACGUUGCAAAGCCACAACAGCAGCAGCAGCAGGAGCAGCAGCAGCAGUGGCACAAUCGAGGAUGACGCCGGGCACCCCGCUCCUGGAUGAGAACAACAUGGAAGCACACACGCGCACAUGCACAGCGGCAGAGACCAAUUAUCAUAAGUGUCGCGUAUCAAGCGCAAUGCUACACUAUCGGCGCUCGCCUGUCUGA